AUGGAAAAAUACGCAACAUCAUCUGUGAAAGACUUAUGUAUUGAAAGACAUUGUAUGAAUGAAGCGGGAAAGGAAGACGAUUUACAUAAAUGUGCCUUCCUUGAUUUGAUUCCUUUAUGUAUGGUUUUUGAACCAACACAAAAAGCCUUUAUUGAGAAGUGUGCAGAAAAAGAAAACCAUGAGGCCUCAUACCGAAAAGGAGUGACUGGGUACUUCUACAAUGGAUUUUCUCACGUGACAUCCUACACGGUACAAUCAUUAAUAAAAAUGUUCUUAUACAUGGCUCUUCUGGGUAGCGGAAUCAUGAUGUUAUUUUGUUUUGGAAGUACAAAUUCAAGUUGGAAGAAAACAAUCACAAAGAAUCUCAAAAGCCUCGAGCUUUGCACUGAAAGUUUGGGUAGCGAAACUGGCAGCGACACGAGCGAGGAUGACGCCAUUUUUGCCUUCCCAUCGUCGACUUUAUCAGUCAAAAGGAGUCGGAGAGAUCAGGUGGAGUCCAAGAAGGUGCUUUCACGAAGCUUUCCACCUCCACUGACGACGAUGAGUGGGUCUAAACCGUUUCAAGUUCGGCCUCAUCGGGAAGGAGGAAGGCUGAUUAUCGAAGCAAUGGAGAUGUCGUUGGGGAAUAGUUGUUUACGAGCUGAAAGAAGCCAUGGGCGGCUUCUGUUGACGUGUUCGAAGAGUGAAGAAGACGAUUGUGACACGGAAAGGGAAGAAAAUGACAUGAAUGAUGUGGAGAAGGAUGACAAGGAAAUGGAAAGAAAUGUGGUGGUUGAGAACUUUCAAAGGUUAAGAAGGUGCAACGAAGAUGAGCAUAGAGACAACGGAAUAUGCUGUAGCUGGGAGCCUUCUUGUUGGGUGGCUACCUCAUAGAUAUGUUAAAAACAUGAAACGUAUCAUCAAAACUCUUUGUUCUUUUUUAAAUGACAGCGCAGAACGCUUCCACUAACUCGUUCAAGGUUUUAAUAAAGAGAUAAAUCACAAUGUUAAAUACAAGAGAUAUAUAUAUAUAUACACGCUUCAACUGAUCUCCUCACUUAUGGAUCCUUUCCUUGGGCACUAGGAUAAAGAUGUCGUUUGUUCCUUUUUUCAAAGAGAAUCUAAAUGUAAAUUGAGUCAUAGUGUUUUUUCAUAAAAGCCAAAUUAAUUAGAGUAACAUUGAUUAUGCAUUUGACGUUAAUAUAUCAUAGAUUUUUGUA